GCACUUCCGCCUCUGCGGCGCCAUGGCGGGGGGGCGGGGCUGGGCCGCGAUGGCGGCGCCGGGGGCGCUGCGGCGGUGGUGGGCGCUGGUGUUGGGCGGCCGGACGAGCUGGGGCCCCGCUCCGCUGUGCCGAGGACGAGCGCUGCCGAGACCCUCGCCUGUGCCUGCCCGGGCUGUCCGCCCGUUGCGGUGGGAGUCGUCCUUCUCCCAGCCGGGCCCCACGGAGAGCGAGCCCAGCGAAGGACAGGUCUUCCUCAGCGAGAGCUGCGUGAAGAGGCUGCUGGAGAUUGCAGAAGGCUCGGAGUUUCUCAGGCUGCAGGUGGAAGGAGGUGGCUGCUCUGGCUUCCAGUACAAGUUUUCCUUGGACACAGUUAUCAAUCCUGAUGACAGGGUGUUUGAACAAGGUGGUGCCCGUGUGGUUGUGGAUGUGGACAGCCUGGCCUUUGUGAAAGGUUCCAUGGUGGACUUCAGCCAGGAGCUGAUCCGAAGCUCCUUCCAGGUGGUGAGCAACCCCCAGGCAGAGAAAGGUUGCUCGUGUGGGACUUCUUUCUCUGUCAAAUUCUGACUGGACUUCCCAUGGAUGGACACUGUUUUCAGACACUUCCUGGCAGUCUUCAGUGGGUUUUUUCUUUUCCCAGCUGCUCCCUCUCAUCUCCCUUACUCUGUGACACUGCUGUUACACAUUACUGCAGCUGUGUGUGUGCUUGCACUGAGCCUGUCUCCAAGACUUGUUGGCCUUCCCUUCAGAAACAUGGAGUAACCAUGAGCACACACACAGGAGCAUCUUCAGCACCUUGUGAACCAGUGCCAGGUGGUGCUGACUUGCCUGCCCUGUCCUGAAUGUGGAACUACUUAACUGUUUCUCUCUGCAAGAGAGGGCUAUAUAUACAUAUAUACAUGUGUAUGUGCAGAUGUGUUUAUUGAAAAUCCUUAGUAAAAAAAGUCUCUGAGACUGA